AUGGCUAUGCGCUACAUCCCCAUCUUCUUCCUCCUAUUCUUGAGUUCAUUCUGCAAAUCCGAUGAUCAACUCACACAAGCAAAGCCACUCACCCACGGCCACACUCUCGUCUCCGAAAGCGGAGACUUUGCUCUUGGCUUCUUCUCCCCGACGGCCUCCAACAGGAGCUUUUACCUUGGCAUAUGGUACCAUAGCCUCCCCGGACCACGGACUGUUGUGUGGGUCGCCAAUCGAGACAACCCAAUCACCAACCCUUCGUCUGGGACGCUUACCGUCACCAACAAAUCAUCAUUGGUAUUAUCUGACUCCAAUGGCCGCAAUAUAUGGAUGACAGCAAGCAAUAUAGCCGCUAGAGUUGCCAGAGCUCAUGCAGUGCUACUCAACUCGGGAAACUUUGUUCUCCGGUCGCCGAAUGGCGCGGACAUAUGGCAGAGCUUUGAUCAUCCGACCGACACAAUGCUUCCAACAAUGAGAUUUUUGGCAAGCUACAAGGCACAAGUCGUCGGGCGGUUCAUUGCUUGGAAGGGACCACAUAACCCGUCCUCCGGGGACUUUUCCUUAAGUAGUGACCCCAGCUCGACAACCCCCCAGCUCGUCAUUUGGCAUCUGAGCAAGCCAUACUGCCGCACCACUGUGUUGAAUGAAGCUUCGGUGAUUUACGGAGGGACAUACCUGAGCAACACCGGAUCUGUAUUGUAUGAAGCAAAUAUUAACUCUAGAGGUGAGUACUACAUCAUGUUCACAGUCUCCGAGAACUCGCCAUUCACACGCAUCACACUUGACUACAGUGGCAAGUCCCAAUUUCUAAGCUGGAACAAUCAGUCAUCUUCAUGGGCACUAAUUGGUGAACACCCCACUGCUGCAUGCGACCUCUAUGCCUUGUGUGGCCCCUUCAGUUAUUGUGACUACACUCAGAUUAUCCCAGCCUGCCAAUGUCUUGAGGGGUUUGAGCCCAUUGAUGAUAUUAGCUCUUCUAAAGGAUGUAAGAGAAAGAAAGUGCUGAAAUGCAGCAAACCGAGUCAUUUUGUGUCCUUACCUGGGAUGAAGGUUCCAGACAAGUUCUUGCACAUACCGAGUGCAACUGCAACUGCUCAUGCACGGCUUACGCUUAUGCCAACUUGAGCAGGGCUGGUGCUAUGGCCGACUCAUCAAGGUGCUUGGUUUGGUUAGGGGAACUUAUUGACGCUGGGAAAGGAACCGCUGGCGAGAACCUUUACUUCCGACUUGCCGA